AUGCCCCAUGGGCAGCCACCCAUUCCUGCGCCUCGGCGGCAGCAGGACGUUCCCUACGCGAGUGGCCCUCCCAACAUGCGGUCGCCCCCGGCAUACAUGGGCUAUCCGCCUCAAAUGAACGGCCAUCCCCCUCCAGCCGCGUUUUCCCCGCAGCAAUACCCCCAAUGGUAUACACCUUUUCCGCCAAUGCAGAUGCCACCUCGUCCACACUUCAAUCCAUAUGCACCGGCCUUCAUUUCAUCGUACCCCCCUUCCCAGCCCAUGAUGGCACCGGCUCACAUGCCGCCACAACCGCUUCCUUUACAACCAAGAGCGUCGACGCCAUUUCAGAACCCGAUGUCACCGUCUGUUGGCCCGGCCCCGGCAUUCAUCCCGUCGCAGACCCAGUCUCCUGUAGUGAUCCCCGUCCACUCUACACCCAGCCCGGCCAUGUCUUCGUCGCCUGCUCCCGCCCCGGUUAACGCCGUGCCGCCGCCCAAAGAACCCUUCCGCGCACCGCUCCCGUGGCUUUCUAUUCCCGAUAGUCCUUUCCCGGCCAGGGCUCCCCGCAGACAACGAAAGACUCGCAACUUGCAAGCUUCCUCUCUUUCUGUGGAGCUUCCUGCCAAGGAUGGGCAACGAAUUCAGAAUGAAGAACCUAGCAAACCCCAGGGCACUCAGACACAGACACCUUCUGAACCGCAAACUCCAACUUUGUCGGCUGCUCCCUCUGUUGCGGAUUCCACCCAGCCCACGACUCCAUCUUCUGCUGUGCCGAGCUCAUCUGCUCGUCAGUCCAAAGGAUCAAAAGCAACGGUCCCUGUUGUGCCGGUGGUCCCGGUUGUUCCCGUUUCAAACACCCCUCGUCGCGAAAAAGGCGAUGCUGGCUCCUUUGAGACGCCUAAAUCAGCCCCAGAAGCCGCCAACACCUCUGCUGAGAAACCGAUUGCGUCCGCAGAGGAACCCGCUGAGAGCAAGCCGGUGGAGUCCGCCAAACCUGCCGCGCCAAAGUCUUGGGCGGACUUGGUUCGAAACAAGAACCUUGCUCGUAACGCAGCUAGCCAGAGUGCUCCAUCGGGUGUGGUCAACGGCGUCUCCAAGAGCCAGUCCGUUGCCGAUGUCUUACUCAAUCUAGGAGACGAUGUUUCUCAGUAUAGCGAUAAAGUGACCUUCCUUGAACCCCGAGGGCUCGUCAAUACUGGUAAUAUGUGCUACAUGAAUUCGGUGCUUCAGAUUUUGGUUUCAUGCGUGCCGUUCUAUCAGUUCCUGGAUCAUAUUGGGAAGCGCGCGUCCCACAGUUUCCACAGCGACUUUCCCAUGGUUGACGCUCUAAUCAUGUUCAUGAAAGAAUUUCGAGUCAUUGAUGCCGCCCGCAACGAAGAGCAGUUGCGAAUGAGGCUGAAGGCGAACGAGCUCGAGCAAUACGGAGAGGCUUUUAUUCCAGAGUUUGUGUAUGAAGUUAUCCGCCAACUACCCCGUUUCCGAGACAUGCGACGCGGCCACCAGCAAGAUGCGCAGGAGUUCCUGGGUUUUCUUCUUGAAGAAAUGCAUGAAGAAUGCGCUCGCGCUACUAGUGCCAAUUCCUCAACCGAGCCUGCAUCUACUGAUAGUGAGAACGGUGACGGCUGGUUGGAAGUUGGCCACAAACAAAAGCCAGCCGUCACACGGUCUUCCGGACACAUUGCCUCUGAAUCUCCAAUCACAAAAAUCUUUGGGGGCAAGAUUCGAUCCGAGUUCCGCGUACCUGGUAAUAAGGCCUCUGUCACUCUUGAACCGUAUCAGCCGCUGCAACUUGACAUCGGCGCCCCAGAGAUCCAUAACAUUGUGGACGCACUAAAGGGCUUGACCAAGCCAGAAAGUAUUCAGGGAGAUUUCAAUUCUUCGCGUGGUCCAAAUGUGACUGCGACCAAGCAAGUCUUCAUUGAGAGCCUCCCCCCGGUACUCAUCCUUCACCUUAAGCGGUUCCAGUAUGACAGCGUCACCCAUGGCACGCAGAAGAUCUGGAAGAAGAUUGGGUAUCCUUUGGACUUGGAAAUCCCUCGAGAAGUGUUCCCGCCUCACAGACGUAAUGUCAUGAUGGCUCAAGGUGGACUUCCCAAAUAUCGUCUCACUGGAGUCAUCUAUCACCACGGCAAGAAUGCCAGCGGUGGUCAUUACACCGUCGAUGUUCGUCGCCAGGAUGGCCGCGAGUGGAUCCGCCUUGACGACACCGUCAUCCGUCGGAUCAAGAGCGAAGACGUUGCAGAGGCCGGUGGAGAAGAAGAUCCAAAGGUGCUUGCGGCGGCAUUGGAGCAGCAUAAGCGUGAUAAAGAUCCUGCCAAUAUUUAUGACCACAUCAACCAGGGCGACCAGUCCGACGAUGAGCGAGGUUGGAGCCAGGUUAACGGGACUGGCUCUGGGAACUCGAGCAAGAAAUCUGCGUCUGCUAUCAAUGGCACUCCCAGCCAGUCCAAUACAUCCUCUGGUGUUCGUACCCCGAUGGGGCGUUAUAGCACUCGUGACAACAAGGUGGCCUACCUGCUGUUUUAUGAGCGCAUUCCAUGA